ACUUGCCCCGCGGGGCCCGACCCGGGCCUGCCUCCCGCCCCCGCGCUCGGCGGCCGCGCGGCCCGCCGCAAAGAGUUAAGACCCGGCUCCCGCGACUCCUCGGCCGCUCGGGUCCCCGGUGCCCGUUCGCCGCUCCUGAUUGGCUGCGCUGCUGUCAGUAGUAAAAAAGGAUCAGAUAGCAAACUUGGGACCUUCAUAAAGGCGCGGUGGUGCUACUCCGCAAUCGCCGGCGGCCUAUGACAUCAGCCACAACGCCCGGGAUGCCGCGGGUCCGGGCCAAAAGCAGAGGAGGAGGAGGGCCCUGCCGGCUAAGAGUUAACUAGCCCCGCGCAGCGCGGGGGUAGCCUCCCGUUUUCUGGGGACCCCGCAUUCCGUCACUGGCUGCCUCUGUGCUACCCGGGGGAGCUCACGGAGAGUUGGAUGAAUUCUGGGGUGUUAGCUGCGAUCAGCUGGGCUCCCGGGAGCCCGUUCCUGGUGGAAAACAGGGGGCGUCUGGCAAAGGGACCAGCGGCUCGCUGAGACUCAACAUGACACUCCUGGGAUCUGAGCAUUCUUUGCUGAUUAGGAGCAAAUUCAGAUCAGUUUUGCAGUUACGACUUCAACAGAGAAGGACCCAGGAACAACUGGCUCACCAAGGCUUAAUACCACACUAAUCCAAGCCACAGCAGCCACAUACUUACUGCAAAGCCUUGCACUGAAAAAUCCAACUGAAUUCAAUGAGCAAAGAAAACAUUUGGAUAGUGACAAGACUGAAGACACCUUAAAGCGCAAGGUCAGAAACAGGCCCAACCGUGCUAACUUGGUUAAUAUGCACAUACUCCAAGCCUCCACUCCAGAGAGGUCCAUUCCAACUGCUCAGAUGAAGCUGAAAAGAGCCCGACUCGCAGAUGAUCUCAGUGAAAAAAUUGCCCUCCGGCCAGGGCCCCUGGAGCUGGUGGAGAAGAGCAUCCUCCCUGUCGAUGCUGCUGUGAAAGAGGCUGUGAAAGGUAACCAGGUGAGUCUCUCCAAAUCAGCAGAUGCAUUUGCCUUUGAGGAGGACAGCAGCAGUGAUGGGCUUUCUCCAGAUCAGGCUCGAGGUGAAGACCCCCACAGCUCGGCGGGAUCCCCCCCAGACACUAAAGCGACAGAGACCCCUGCGACAGGUGCUCUGGGGACAAUCCAGGAUCCUACUUCUGGCUCAGAACAUGACAGGACUGACUCAGCCUCACAGCCUGGCAACCAGUCAGACAGGGGGAAGCAGGAGCUCGUUGCCCUCAGCGCCGCGCUCCCCGUACAUGCUGCUGUAAAGUCUAAGUCCUUGAGCGACAGUAAGAACCGCCACAAAAAGCCCAAGGAUCCAAAGCCAAAGGUGAAGAAGCUCAAGUACCACCAAUACAUUCCCCCAGACCAGAAGGCGGAGAAGUCCCCGCCGCCCAUGGACUCAGCCUACGCGCGGCUGCUUCAGCAGCAACAGCUGUUCCUGCAGCUCCAGAUACUCAGCCGGCAGCAGCCUCAUCUCCGCGGCAGCUACGCCCCCCACGCUCAGCUCCAGGAACCAAGUGAACAGAUGGUCAGAAAUCCAAACUCUUCUUCAACAGCACUGAGCAAUACCUCUUUGUCUCCUGUCAAAAACAGCUUUUCUGGACAAACUGGUGUCUCUUCUCUCAAACCAGGCCCACUCCCAUCAAACCUAGAUGAUCUGAAGGUCUCUGAAUUAAGACAACAGCUUCGAAUACGGGGUUUGCCGGUGUCCGGCACGAAGACGGCCCUUAUGGACCGGCUGCGGCCCUUCCAGGACUGCCCGGGGAACCCUGUGUCCCACUUCAGCGAUAUAACUACUGUCACUUUCCCCGUCACACCCACCAGCACGCUGCCCAGUUACCAGGCCUCCCCUCCCACCAGUGGUCUGUCUAACGGCUUCUACCACUUGGGCAGCACCAGCUCCAGCCCCCCGAUCUCGCCCACCUCGUCCGACCUGUCGGCGGCGGGGUCCCUGCCCGACACCUUCCAUGACGCGUCGCCCUCCUUUGGCCUGCACCCAUCCCCAGUGCACGUGUGCACCGACGAAAGCCUGCUGACUGCGGGUGCUCUGCCCGCCGAGCUGGACGGGCUGGACUCCGAGAAGGACAAGAUGCUGGUGGAGAAGCAGAAGGUGAUCAACGAGCUCACCUGGAAACUCCAGCAGGAGCAAAGGCAGGUGGAGGAGCUGAGGAUGCAGCUGCAGAAGCAGAAAAGGAGCAACUGCUCUGAGAAGAAGCCGCUGCCCUUCUUGGCUGCCGCCAUCAAGCAGGAAGACGCCAUCUCCAGCUGCCCUUUUGCAUCCCAGCCAGUACCUGUGAAAAGACAGAGCCACAGCUCCGAGGGCCAGCCGCCGGCUUGUGAAGCGGCUCACCUCCUGCCUCUUGGGAAUACUCACUGCGGGGAGUCCUCAGGUCAGACCAACGUACUUUCUUCCACAUUCCUCAGCCCGCAGUGCUCUCCCCAGCAUUCGCCUCUGGGGGCUGUGAAAAGCCCGCAGCAUAUCAGUUUGCCCCCAUCGCCGAACAACCAUUACUUCCUCCCCUCAUCAUCAGGCGCUCCAGGAGAAGGGCACAGGGUCUCCUCACCUGUAAGCAGCCAGGUGUGUACUGCACAGAACUCAGGGGCACACGAGGGCCAUCCUCCAAGCUUCUCUCCCCAGCCUUCCAGCCUCCACCCACCUUUCUCUGGAGCCCAGGCAGACAGCAGUCAUGGUGCUGGGGGCAACCCUUGCCCCAAAAGCCCAGGUGUGCAGCAAAAGAUGGCUGGUCUACAUGCUUCUGAAAAGGCAGGGCCCAAGUUUUCAAUGCCAUCCCCCACGUUUUCUAAGUCAACGUCGGCAGUUUCAGAGAUAACACAGCCUCCAUCCUACGAGGAUGCAGUAAAGCAGCAAAUGACCCGGAGUCAGCAGAUGGAUGAACUUCUGGAUGUCCUCAUUGAAAGCGGAGAAAUGCCGGCUGAUGCCAAAGACGGUCAUUCAUGCCUUCAGAAAGUCCCGAAGAUGCCCGGGUCUUCCGGAAGCCCUACGGCCGCCCUCACCCCGCCCUCGGCUGCUUUCGAACAAGCCUCUCCGGGAGGCCAGCUGCCCUUCCAUCACUACAACCCCGACGGCGACGAGCACCUGGAGGUCUUACUGAAUUCCCAGAGCCCCCUAGGAAAGGUGAGCGAUGCUGCCCUCCUAAAAAUCGGGAGUGAGGAACCUGCUUUCGAGGGGAUGAUGGAUGGAUUUUCUGGGAAGGCCGCCGAAGACCUCUUCACCGCGCAUGAGAUCCUGCCGGGCCCUCUGUCCCCGAUGCAGACGCACUUUCCACCCUCCUCUGUGGACAGCAGUGGGCUGCAGUUAAGCUUCACAGAAUCCCCCUGGGAAACCAUGGAGUGGCUGGACCUCACUCCACCGAGCUCCACACCAAGCUUCGGCUCCCUCGCCGCCAGCAGCAACAGCAUUUUUAACAUCGACUUCCUGGACGUCACGGAUCUCAAUUUGAAUUCCCCCAUGGACCUUCACCUACAGCAGUGGUAGAGGUAGUCGCCCUGAUGCAAGGACCUCCAUGGGGGAAAGCACAUGCCCCAAACACUUCCAUUCGAAAAAAGGAAAAGGAGGAGAGAAUUCAAAAGCGAUGGAGAGUUCUAGACCAUCAAGAACAAAUAGGUGUCUUUGUAUAUAUAAAAUGUAAUAUUUACCAACAUUCAGUGACUGUUAAUGAUUUCAGCAGUGCACUCAAAAAUGUGCUUUCUCAGAUCAAGAAUGCCAAAAAAUAGUCAUAAUUCUUUCACUGCCUUUUCAAACACUGGUAUUUUUCCUAGCCCAUAAUUUUUUUCAGGCACUGUUGAGGCAUAAUCUCACAGUGUAACCUUUUCUUGUGAAUUUAUUGGACAUACUGUGGAAAGAAAAUGCAGGCUCUUUUGGGAGUCCAGGGAAGUCAGUCCAUCAGAGGUAUGGGAAGGCACACUCCUCGUCGAGGCUGCUCCGUAGCUCUCUGUUCGUGCUAUUUGGAAAGCAAAAUCCAUUCCCAGGGAAGUGAAACCAGCUCAGUGUCACUUGGCCUCCAAGGUGCCCCCCCGCCCCCCCGUGGUUCCCAGGACUCUGCCGUGGUCACUGAGAACAAUUGACCUACAUUUGGUCCAAAGAACCCCACCCACAAUUUCCCUCCUUCUCCAUCAGUAGUUGAAUCACUCCUGCUGUCUCUCUGGUGAUAAGCAUUGUGAAACAGGAGAGAACCUUAAAGCAAACAAAAACAAACACCCCUCCUGCCAUUGUUCUCUAAUACAACCCUUUAGUUUCAAAGAGUAGAGAUGAUCAGGUAAGCAGAUCAGAAGGCUCUCUCUACCUUCAGGAAGCCAUGCCAGGGAGAAUCAGAACCAGAGAACAUCUUUCACUUAUCGUGGGAAUAAAUACCAUGGGUUACUGUAACAGGAUUUUUAUUUAUGGUGGUCCAACUUCUCUUUUUGUUAUCUUAUUUGGGUGGGGGUGGGAGGAUCCUCCAGUUUAUCUUUCCCCCACUCUACUUUUCUUUCAAGAUACCAAUCCUUUCUCCUCCUCUUUUUUUUCUUUUUCUCCUCCUCUUUUGAAGACCUUUCUUUUUCUGCCCCAACACUGGGAGAAGAGGACUUCUCAAAUCUAACAAGCUGCCAUACUCCUAAUAAAGCCAUACUUUAAAAAGCUAAAAAUCCAGGUUCUCCUGGAGAACUCAUUCUCCAUAUGUAUAAUUUGCUGCAAAAGGAAGUCUUAAGAAUGUCUUUAGGAAAAAAAUGGUGACUUGGCCAUCAGACACAAAGCUCAUUCCACCCCCAUGUGAUCCAUGAUAACCAUGGCUUUGGGUUGUUCUGGAGAAAUUGGAAAUCAUGCUAUUGUAAAGGUAAACAUGAAUUAUAUUCACAAAGAGUAUUUUAGGUCUGGGUUUCUGAAAGAAAAUACAACCACCCAUUGGAACGAUGGAAGAAAAAGAUGAUGGGCUCAUGUGCAUUCCUCAUUAGCUUUGUGCUUUUGCUGGGAGUUGAAAAACUAAAAUGCAGGACAGUCUCUUGAAGCCUCUCAUGGCUCCCAUUUACUGUUUUAUAGUGUUGCAUGCUGUGGAAAGUAGCUACUGCUAUUUGUUUUUUUUUUUUAAUUUAAAUCACUAAGGCACUGUUUUCUUUGUUUGUAAAAAAUGUUCACUGUGCACUUAUGGAGAAGAUAACCAAAAAUAUUGUGAUUUUAGAAGUUCUCUUUUGGAUAAACCAGAGAUUUAGAAGUCAUUCCAUUGUUAACUUGUAAACAUGUGUGAACACAGAGUGUUUUGGGUGACUGCUACUCUGAAAGCUGUCAGAUCUUACUGGGGAGGUGGGAACAGAAUACAUACACACAGAAUACACGCACACACACAUACAUGCAUAUGUGUACAGAUAUAUACACAUGUAUGUGUGUAUGCAGAUAUGUGUGUAUAUACAUGCUUAUGUAUAUAUACAUACACAUAUGUGUAUGUGUGUGUAUCUUGAAAAGCAGUGUUCAGAGUUCUAUACCAAAAGCCUUUCAAUUUGCUGUGAAAUGAUACUUGGCCUUUCUCACUACAAGUUCCUGAUUAAUCAACCAGACUACACAUUGCCUCUCUGUGUGUGACUAAUGGCUCCAGCCCAAUGACUCACAGACACUUGCUUACCGUGAAAAGCUCAUCUUGACAAUGAAUGUGGAUGGGAGAAGACGGAACAGCUACAGCAUCAAUAGCUGGAAAAGGAAAUAGAGUCUCCCGUAGAAGAGUGUAAAAAGAACAUGAAAAUCGCUUUACAUUCCUCAAUCAGUUGUGUUUUAAAAGAGCCACGUGGUAAAUUUUUCAUUUUCCUUUCAUGUCAGUCAUCAGAACCAAAAACCUAGAGGGGAAAAUCACCAAUCUUUUCUUUGAAGGUGAAGCUAUGGGGGAGAAAACCUUAGUAACACAUUCCUCACAUUUGCUGUUCCUCAGCUGUGGAAGUUUAAUUUGGAUCUCGACAAAGCUGGCUGGUCAGUGCAUUUUUUAUGUGCCACGUUGUACAAUUUGUAUGUCAUUUUUCCCCUCCUUAACUUCCUUUGGAAAACAAACUCACAGUGUUCCUACUCUGAGCCUCUGGUCUGAAUGUUAAUUAUUGUUCCCUUUGGGUAGACUUGGUUAGGAGGCCUCUGUACAUUGUAAGGCUGUGUAUUUUCACUGGGAUAUUUUUAGGCUAUUACCAGGCACUGGUAUACAUGCCUCAUAGCUGACAAGGUGUAUUUGCUAUUGCAAACCAACACACCACAGAGCAGACUCCCAGAUUAUUGGUCUUGACCUCCCCUCACAGUUUCCAUUCUAUUCACUCUGUCUCUUCAUAGGUCCGAUAUGGGAUUUGCAGGAUAAAAUGGGAUAAUUGAUGAAGUUGGCUACUCCUGGUGGGUCAAAUAAUCCAUGUCAACUCAUCUGUCUCCUACUAGGUACUUUUAUUUUAAGUUCUUUUAGUUGUAUCCUCUUUUCCAGGGAUAAAUUGGGCAUGACUAAGAGGUGUACAGAGGCUUAUGAACAUGUCCACAUUUGAGUUCCUUAAUGCUCUUAGAGCUGAAAAUAACCACGUGGAGUUUUCUGAAGGCUCCUGGAACCCCCGUGGUGCAGCAGACUUGCAGAUGUUUGCAGCCAUCCCCAGUGCUGCUGCAGUUUCAUGGGGUCAGACUUACCCAACAGGGUCAGAAAAUCCAUGUGUGCAAAGGCUUCCGUUAAUCCAGGGCUCACUGUGCGCCCUGCUUCUAGCAAUGUUAAUGCGAUGACACACAUUCUAUUAUAAAGGGAAGAGAAGGAGGACUGAAAGAAAGAGAGAAAGAGAAAGAGAGAAAGGAAGAAAAGAAAAGAAAGGAAAGAAGGAAAGAGGGAAAGAAAAAGGAAAGAAA